ACAACAUGUCAUGAUUGAACUGUUACACUCCUCUCUCUCUUUCCUUGCUGCUUUGCGCCCCCACCUUUUUUUUAUUUCUUUCCUUUUUUCCUCAUUUUCCCCCAUUUCUCUUCUUUCUAUAUAACCCCCCUUUCCUCAACUCCCAACCUCCCCAUCAUUUCCCACUCACCCCUCCACAUUUUCAUCCUCUUUCUCUCUCUUCUCUCUUCCCUGCAUUUUCUGAUCAGUAUUCACAGGGAAAAUAAUCAUAUUCAUAUUCAUCCAACAAUAAACAAGAUGUUUAUGGGUAAAGAAGAUCUGGGUUUAUCUUUGAGUCUUGGCUGUUCUUCUAAUAGUAACAACAAUACUACUACUGGGAAGAACAAUCUCAUCAACAACAACAAUAAUAAUAGUAAUAAUCCUAAUUUUGGGUUUAAUAUGAUGUUGAAUAGUAGAAAUCAUUUACCUACUCCUCAAACGACGUCCUCUGCUGCUUCUCCUCUUCAGCUUAAUCUUAUGAUGGCCCCUUCUUUAGCUGCUUCCUCCGCAGCAUCUCCAUCUCCUCUUCUCCAGAAGCUUCCAUGGAAUCGCAGCACAGAUUCCUUCCCUCCUUCUUCCGAUCGGAACUCAGACUCAUGCCGGUCAUUCCUUCGAGGAAUCGACGUAAACAGACCGGCAGCUGGCGGUGAUGAAGAAGACGUCGGAGUUUCAUCUCCAAACAGCACCGUUUCUACACUUAGCGGAAAAAGAAGCUCCGGCGAAAGAGACUCCACAACAACCGCCGGCGCCGGUGAUGAAAUCGAAGUCGAAAGAGAUUCUUCUCGUGGUUUGAGUGAUGAAGAAGAUGGUGGAGAAAAUUCUAGAAAAAAACUCAGAUUAACCAAGGAUCAAUCCGCUAUUCUGGAAGAAAGCUUCAAAGAACAUAAUACUCUCAAUCCAAAGCAAAAGUUGGCCUUAGCAAAACGUCUUGGUCUCAGACCACGUCAAGUCGAAGUUUGGUUUCAAAACCGUAGAGCAAGGACAAAAUUGAAACAAACAGAAGUAGAUUGUGAAUUUUUGAAGAGAUGUUGUGAGCAAUUAACAGAAGAAAACAGGAGGCUACAAAAGGAAGUUCAAGAACUUAGAGCAUUAAAGUUGUCCCCACAAUUUUACAUGCAAAUGACCCCACCAACUACUCUUACCAUGUGCCCUUCAUGUGAACGUGUGGCGGUCCCACCUUCUUCAACAUCCGCCCAAGCCCAAGCCCAAGCCCAAGCCAAAGCCAAUCCGGAUCCUAGGCCUACACCCACAGCGCAUCAUCGACCCAUGCCUGUUAACCCAUGGGUUGCAGCACCUGUUCCGAUCCGGACUUUUGAUGGGCGUCAUCCUAGAUCAUGAUUGGUAUCAGGCUGGUUUUAAGGGUAGUUUAGUCAUUUGACAAGUUUUGGUUGAUGAGAUCUCAAAAAGUAUAUGAAAAAUAGAUGUAUUAGUUUAUUAUGUAAUGUUUUUAUUUAAUUUGUUAGGAUUAAAAUGAUGAUGAUGAUGAUUUAAUGGGUCUUUAAUAUGUUUUGGUUUUUAUUGACCCAAAAAUCAGAUUAUUAGAAAAAAUAUGAAAAAACAAAAAAAUUCAUCAUUUCUUAUAAAAAAAAUUAGUGCUGAUUUGGCUCCCUAGUUUCAGGAAGGAAGGUUUCUUUUGUUGUAAAUUGUCUGUCUAAUUAAUUAAAUUAAUUAUUAUAAGCA